AUGUUGAAGUACUUCAGGAAUUCUCUUAGACCUUCUUCCCUAUCUAUACUUCCUCUCCAAUAUGGAAUUCUCUUUCCCCAGUUCUUAGCAUAUCUAGUCCAUUUGCAUUUUGGAGAUUUCAGCUCAGUUGUCAUCUCAAUUACCUCUUUCUAUUUGAGCAUGAAUCUUGAUGGCUCUGUACAAGAACCUGAAAAGAAGGAAUGUUCUCCUGUCUGUGUUGGCAAAGAAGAUAACAUUAAAAAAGCUGGAAGAAUGACAGCUGUUGUCCAUGACAGAGAAGUGGUCAUUUUCUACCACAAAGGAGAAUAUCAUGCUAUGGAUAUUCGCUGUUACCACUCAGGAGGACCUUUACACUUGGGAGAAAUAGAGGAUUUUGAUGGACGACCAUGUAUCGUUUGCCCCUGGCAUAAAUACAAAAUAACUUUGGCAACAGGAGAAGGACUAUACCAGUCCGUAAAUCCUAAAGAUCCAUCAGCAAAACCCAAGUGGUCUUCCAAAGGAAUAAAGCAAAGGAUUCAUACAGUGACAGUGGAUGAUGGAAAUAUUUAUGUGACUCUUUCUAAUGAACCUUUUAAGUGUGAUUCUGAUUUUUUUGCCACUGGAGAUUUCAAAGUAAUUAAGAGUCCUUUCUGAUAAAAAAUAUAUAGCAAUGAAAAAUGUA